CAGUCCCAGCUGCAGGCCACCCCUCCAUCCUCUCAGCCCAUACCACCUGACCCCUCUGCUGGCAAGAGGGAGCCUGAGUCCUCCUCACUCCAGACCCUCCUCCCAGAGCAGCCCAGUAAGACCCAGCCGGCACUGGCGAGAAACAACUUUGCCCCAGAAGUGCAGAAGUGAACGAGCAACCCCCUCCACUGACUCAAGAUGUUUACCUCACCCCGAAGAUGGAGCUCCCGCAGGUCCUCUCUGGCCAACGAACAUUCCUAUCUGCCACCCUCAACCUGCUAUCACUCGGCCUCUCCGCAACAUGCCUGCUCAGCAACUACUGGUUUGUGGGGACACAGAAGGUGCCCAAGCCCCUGUGUGGGAAAGGUCUGGCAGCCCAGUGCUUUGGCGUGUCGGUGCCCCUGGAUGGGAGCACCCCCAACACAUCUUCCCCGGAGGUGGUGCAGUACAGCUGGGAGACUGGGGAUGACCGCUUCUCCUUCCGGGCCUUCCACAGCGGCAUGUGGCUAUCCUGUGAGGAAGUCAUGGAAGAACCGGGUAGCCACCUCGCCUCAGGGGAGAGGUGCCGAAGCUUCAUUGAACUCACACCACCAACCGAGAGAGGUGAGAAAGGACUACUGGAAUUUGCCACGUUGCAAGGCCCACGUCACCCCACUCUCCGAUUUGGAGGGCAGCGGUUGAUGGAGAAAGCUUGCCUCCCCCACCCUCCCUCAGGGCUCCUGGCAAAAAUCCUCUGGUUCUCACUGGGAGCCCAAUUUGCCUACAUUGGACUUGAAUUCAUCAGUUUCCUCCUUCUACUAAUGGACCUGCUGCUCAUGGGGAACCCAGGCUGCGGGCUCAAGCUCAGUGCCUUCGCCGCCAUCUCCUCUGUCCUGUCAGGCCUCCUGGGGAUGGUGGCCCACAUGAUGUACACUCAAGUCUUCCAGGAGACUGUCAACUUGGGUCCAGAAGACUGGAGGCCACACGACUGGAAUUACAGCUGGGCCUUCUACAUGGCCUGGAUCUCCUUCACCUGCUGCAUGGCGUCGGCUGUCACCACCUUCAAUAAGUACACGAAGCUGCUGCUGGAGUUCAAGGGCAAACACAGCAAGAGCUCCCGAGACAACCUGGGCUGCUUGCCGCACCACCACCAGUGCUUCCUUCCCCAGCUCCCCUGUGCAGCCACCCAGGGGGGUCCACCCAUAAGCUGCCACCGUUACCUCCACCCGCCUGUCCGCUCCGUCUCUGAAGGCGUGGACUUCUACUCAGAGCUUCCCAAUGAGAGCUUUCAACCAGAAGGCAGCCAGGGGGCCAAGGAAGAACUUGUGGGGUCCUCGGUAGUCCAGGAAGAACAGUGUUAGGAGCCAGAGGGUUUGGAGAGUAGGCUGAGCCCCACCUCCCACCCCUAUUAUCAAUAUGCACUAUAAAGCACAA